GCGGAGGGGGAUAAAAGGAUGGCGUGUGUGUCCGGAUGUUCUUUUUUUCUUUUUGUUUGUAUAUGGAAAGGAAGGUCGAAGCGGUCUAUUAUUACACGCAUUAUUUUUUGAGUAAGAAAAAGGUAUCUAUUAUUUGGCCAAUACGGAAAGAGGGGGAAGAUGCGGUGCUGACGCUGGUUGUUGUUGUUGAUGAUGAUGAUGAUGAUGAUGAUGAUGAGUGUUGGAUGAUUACGACUACAUACGACUUCGACCCAGCCCUGCAUUUUUUUUAUAUCCUGACCUGACGCCCCCGAAAGUCUCAGUCUCAGACCCAACGACUUAUCUCUCGACUUCUAUUUUAUUUAUUUAUUUAUUUCCACGCAUUACAUACCUUACUUACAUACGGUACAUACCCACACAAUAUGCUUCUCCUCUCAUCCAAAAAUCCGAAUUUCUCCCUCCACUUCCUGCCCUCCUUUCUCCGCCUCGAGAAGCCAUCAUCAGCGUCGUCAACAGCGGGCCACAGCUCCACCUGGUCGACGCCCCUCUCAUCCCUCCCCACCGACCCCUCCAUCUCCACCAGCACAACAAGCAGCCCGCCCCUCGCGCCCCUCCUCCCCCAAACCCCGACCAUCCACCACCGCCGCACCAUCUCGCGGACCAACAGCACGACGCCGCCGCCGACGCUGCACGGCUUCGCGGAUUUCUUCCACGCGCGCGUCGCGGGCCCGAUCGCCGCGGUGCCCGAGCUGAGGAGGGAGACCGAUGAGGAGUGCUGGGAGAGGAUGAUUAGUUUGCAGAGGGAGUAUCAUUGUUAUAAGUCGGCGAGGUUGGAGGCGGCAGUCGAGGCGCUGGAGAGGGGGUGUUCGAUUGAUGAGGUGCCCAUGCCACCGAGACUCUGUCUCGAUCUCUUAAACGAGGAGUUAAAAGCUCAGAUCGAAGCGCACCGGGGCGGAUUAUUUCCUUGAUUCUCCUCUUGCCCUUCACCAACCCAUACUCCAAAUCGAAUCGAAUUGGAUAAAAUCCCACGAAUCAUAAUACCGCGGAAGGAACAGGAUGCGAAAGGGAAGAAGCUGGAGCAGAGGAUUACAUUUCGAAAGCGGAUGAUACCAGGUUUAUGUUGCUCAUUU